AAUCCCAAGGCCCUUCUUAAGAUGGCCGCCAGUCCAGAGUCCCUUCUCAAGAUGGCCGCCGCCACGCCUGAGCCCUCGGUCAAGAUGGCUGCCGCCACGCCUGAGCCCUCUGUCAAGAUGGCCACCGCCACACCUGAGCCCUCUGUGAAGAUGGCCGCUGCCACAGUCAUGGAUCUCUUUCUCAUACAGGAUUGACACAGUUGACCACACAAUUCUUUUAUCUCGUCUGGAAAACUGUGUGGGUGUCAGGGGGACCACGCGCGAGUGGUUCAGGUCGUACCUGUCUGGGAGAUGUUUUGCUGUCAGACUAGGGGACUCCACCUCGUCCACCGCCCCUUUGAACUGUGGAGUCCCCCAGGGAUCAAUUCUUGGGCCCAUUCUUUUUGCUCUGUACCUUCUCCCACUCAGUGUGAUUUUUAAAAGGCACAGUAUUUUCUAUCAUUUUUAUGCAGACGAUUGCCAAAUAUACCUGCCACUGACAAAAAAUGACCACGCCCCCCUGACACCCCUACUCGAGUGUUUAAGUGACGUCAAGGCUUGGUUGGCUCAGAAUUUUUUAAUUCUAAAUGAGGGGAAGACAGAAAUAAUGCUGUUUGGUCCCAUUAGAACUCUGGUCGACUUGGGCCCCCUCAAAAACCAUGUGCAUCCCACAGCCACCAGCCUUGGCGUCACUAUAGACAGUGAUUUUAAACUGGAUAAACAAAUUAACACUGUCGUAAAAUCGAGUUUUUUUCAUCUUCGUCUUUUAUCUAAAAUCAAACCUUUUUUAUCUUUUAAACAUUUUGAGCAAGUCAUGCAUGCUUUUAUUUCGUCACGUCUGGACUACUGUAAUGCACUUUACACUGGAAUAUCCCAAAAUGCACUUUCUCGCUUACAGUUAGUCCAGAACUCUGCGGCACGGCUUUUAACAGGAACCAAAAAGCGCGAACACAUCACCCCCAUCCUCGCCUCGCUGCACUGGCUUCCUGUUCGAUUUAGAAUUGAUUUUAAGAUUUUAUUGUUUGUUUAUAAAGCUCUGAAUGGACUGGCCCCUCAGUACAUCACGGACCUCAUCCAAAUUUACCCACCGGCGCGUUCACUCGAGGUUCCUAAGACCAGACUUAAAACCAGGGGGGACCGGGCCUUCUCUGUGGUCGGCCCUAGACUGUGGAACGCUCUGCCUCCCCAGGUUAGAACGGCCCCAACAGUUGAAUGUUUUAAGUCUCAUCUUAAGACCCACUUUUAUUCCUUGGCUUUUAACUCCGUGUGAGUUGUGUGGUCCUGUGUCUUUUAUUGGUGUGUUUUUUUUUUUUUUUUUUUUUGAUUGAUUGGUUUUACUUAUUUGUUUAUGUGCCUUUUUAUUGUAUUCCUCUUAUUCGAUUUUACUAGUUUUUAUUGUUUGAAUGGAGGCUAGUGAAGUUAAUUAGACCAUUUAUUUAUUUAUUGUUUUUUUGUGCAGCACUUUGGAGAAUGUUUGUUUUUGGUAAAAUGUGCUAUAGAAAUAAAGUGGAUUGAUUGGAUUGGAUAGGAUUCUGUCCCCGACCACAGUCCUGUGUUGACUCCCGUCCGCGUCCCGAGUCCAGAGGCGACUCUCUCUCCUGCGUCCCGAGUCCAGAGGCGACUCUCUCUCCUGCGUCCCAAAUCCAGAGGCGAGACUCUCUCCUGCAUCCCGAGUCCAGAGGUGAAUCUCUCUCCUGCGUCCCGAGUCCAGAGGCGAAUCUCCCUCCUGCGUCCCGAGUCCUAUGACGGCUCCAGCUCCUAGCCCAGAGGACCUCUUCAUGCCUAUCAUGGCGUUUGCAAUUAUGUGUGUCUGGGCAACACACACCUCGACACUAGUCCCCGAGUCAGCUCCAGACUCCGCUCCAGCCCACGAGCCCGCUCCAGCGCACGAGCCCACUCCAGGUUCCGUGGCUAUGGCCACGGAACCCGAAGAACCUGAACCCCCAUGGCCUCCCAAACAGCCAGCUCUACCGUGGCCUCCCGAGUGGCUUGCACCUCCAUGGCCUCCCGACCGGUCAGCACCUCCAUGGCCUCCCGACCGGUCAGCACCUCCAUGGCCUCCCGACCGGUCAGCACCUCCAUGGCCUCCCAAACUGCCUAACCUGCCUUGGCCCCCUGAACAGCUGACACCGCCUUCGCCCCCUGAGCUUCCCGUGCCUCCAUGGCCCCUGAGUUCCCUGCUCCGUCCUGGAGGCAGCAGAUCUACCUGCACCGUCACUCACCUAGGACUCCAGGACGCCCACUCUCCCUCCCCGGUUGUUCCUUCUACGGCGCGAGGUCACGCCUAUUGGGAGGGAGAAGUAAUGUCACUGUCACUGUCUGUCUCACCUUCCCCGAACUCCACUUCCCAGCAUCCCUCUGGUUCCUCACCUGCACUCCAUUUCCAAUCAAUGAUCACUACCAGCUGCCACUCAUCUUCUGCACCAUUCAUAAGGUCCUCACUCACUUCACUCACUGUCGGGUCUCGUCAAUGGAAAGCACCACGUCUAUGGAUGAGCACAACGUCACUGUCUACUCCUAUGUCAAGCUCCACGACCCUCUUACCUGUGAUCAACCUUACCUUGUGUUUCCGGAUCGUCUUACAUGUGCGCUACUCACCAGUUGCUCCCACCAGCAGUCCUGGUUCUCUGCAUUCCCCUGCUCUCCGUCGUCUCCAUGCUCGUUGGUUACUGGAUCUCCUGGCAAAGAAACAAAGAGAGUAGAGUAGAGUGCUGGGUUACUGAUAUCAUGUGUGUUUGACUCUUUUCACCCAAAGAAAUGUCGCUCUACAUCAUCAUCAUCAUCUCAUGUUCUGGAGUCAUUAUGGUCUUUCUGAUAAUCACCAUCAGCUUCUGCAUUCACAGGAAAUGGAAAAUCAGUAAGGAUUCAAGUCACAGAGAGACAGGACAGGACUUUUCACAGGCACCGGCCAGGGGAAGGAUACAGACUCAAGACAGUCAGUACUUUGAGAGAUACAACUCUGUGUAUGGACAAAUAUGAUGUCUUUUUUUUUUUUUUUUUUUCUCCAGAAAAUGUUAAAAUUUUACCUCAGAUGUUUUUGAUAUUUAAGUAGUAAUUGCCUGUGUAAUCUAAUUAAGUCAAUUAAACAAGAAGUCCACAAAAAAGAAAUGUUUUCAGACAAACAUUUUCUUUACUGAAAUGGCAGACUGCAGGAAAACAUCACACCUCUUGCUUAUCAUUAAGUAAAUUUUGUUAAUAUAGCCCAAUAUCACUAUUCAAAAUCACAAUACAAACAACAUCCAUCCAUUUUGGUUGAGCACUUGAAAAUACAGCUUCAUUUUCCUAAAUCAUUAAAGGUCUAAAGUUUUAUUAUAAAAUAUUAAAUUAUUAUAAUAGUCUGUAGCGUAAUUUCUUAUUUUUUGUUAGGAAAUCUUAUUUAUCCACUGACAGAAAAAAAAAAAAAAAAAAACGAAGGAAAAGAAAAAAACUCCUGCAUACUUCUCUACACUGGAGAAAAACUUAUAGAUUUGCAUGUUUAUUUCAAAUUUCUUUAGAGAGAAGAAUUAUUUUUCCCAUUUUUACCAAAAUAAGGUGUUGUGAGAAUUAUUGAGUACAUAUGUAAUGAAGGGUCAACAGAGUGGGGAUCCAUUUGCAGCUUUUUAUUACCACAACAAGGCAAGGGCAGAGGCAGAGAUGUGAACAGGAACAGGCAGAGGUCGAGGCAGGCGGCAGGCAGACAGAGUUCAGUAUACAGGCAAGGAUCAGGGCAGACAGCAAACAAACACAGUCCAAUAAACAGGCAAGGGUCAGGACAGGCAGCAGAGAAUCACACAGGGGUAAACAGUCCAAUCAGCAACAGAAAUAACAAUCCACAAAAACGCUCAGAAAUGAUCACCGGGGCAAAUCAAGACUUUGCGAUGUGUGUAUGUAUGUGUGUGUGUGUGUGUGUGUGUGUGUGUGUGUGUGUGUGUAUGUAUAUGUAUAUGUGUGUGUGUGUGUGUGUGUAGGAAUGAGGGCCUAUGGGAAAUGCAGUCUGAAUGGUAAAGAGUCAGUAUUCCGGUGAGGGCUCCCUCUGGUGGUGUGAGGGAGGAAGUGCGGGAGCCUCACUUGUAACAACAUACAUGUAAUGUAAUGGCUUUUUUAUUUAUUUUUUAUUACAUUUUUUCAUUUUUUACAACAAACAUAAAAGUAUGAAAACAUGAAAACACAUACCAAUCCACCUGCAUAUCCGGACAGCUAAGGCAUUUGCAAGUAUCGUUUGAACACUAAAUGGCAAAUUAGUAUUAAGAUUGUGAACCCUUUUGAUUAACAAAGGUGCUUUAUAGUAUUGAAACUGAUGGUUCGUCCAGCAAUUGUUAAUUUACUCUUUCCAUUGUUUCAUUCCCCUGUUAUACGGUUCAAAUUCACUUUCCACUCUCUCACUGUGUGAAUGGUAUGUUUGUGUUUGUUAGUUUAGUUUGUGAUUUAGUUGAAUAAAACUUGUGUGCACA